AUGCGGAAGCAGCUUCAACAGCUCUCUCACGAUAUCAAAGGCUUGCUCGUUGCCGAUCCAGACCACUUAUUUGAUUUUAUGGAUCGAGACCUCAUUGACUUAAACCAUAUCAUGUUUCUGGAAGUAGCCGAAGCCGACAGAAUGGCGGAUAUGGGCCCUGAGCCGCAAAUCCGCAAAGGUAGUACAGUGCGACGCAAGGCCUCCCUGUGGCACUUGACAAGUACCAUUUUUCUUUGCCACAUUUCCAAGGAGAUUAAGGUGCUUGCCAAUGAUUUUCUAAGUGACUAUUUGUUCAUGGCUGUUGCAAUUGUUGGAAGUACGAGUAUAAACAGCAUACAGCAACUGCCUUAUGUUUCAGUUCAUCGGAAAUGGUGGGUUUUGGUAGGUCUUCUCACAUAG